AUGUACUUUCUGAGCGGGUCGUUUUCGAGCACUGCGGCCUAUUUCGUUUCCGUCAACUCCACAAACGAGUAUGUGGCCACCGCAGGAAAUGACGCCACGAUCAUGGUGCGAUCUAUGUCCAAGUUUAUUGGGAUGGUGCCUGAUGUUGAGACGUUGGAGACCAAGAGUCCGUCGCAAGUGCAAACAACGCCCGCCAUCGACAAGGCAAAGUUCACCGAGGCGCAGCAGGCGGACAACGUCGUCACGCUCAAGACGCGAAGCAAGAUUUCGUGCUUGAAGUUCGCAAACCUGCGCCAGAACAGCCAUCUUCUCGUGGCACUGUGCAAAAACGGCGAGGUUUUCCUUGUCGAGCAUCCAGAAAAUCCAGAAUUGUGCGAGACCACAUUGUUGUACCGCCAAAAAAAAGGCCAAUUGAUAGACUGCAGCUGGUCCGCAGAUGACCAGCUGCUGGCUUUCUCCUCGAUGAACAACGAGGUCGUCAUCUACGAUACACUCUAUAGAAAACAGCUCACGAGCUUGCACAUACACAGCAACGACGACACCAUCGCUGUGAAGGGAAUCACGUUUGACCACUGCGCUAACAAGUACUUGUUCACCCAGGGAGAUGACAAGCUGGCUAAUAUUGUCGAGUAUUCAUUACAAGAGGACCAGGAACACGGCAGGGUGUUCAAGUACAAAAUUGCCCAGCAGCUUUCAAAUUUGUCAAGCAACCUCAAGGUAAAGGCCAAUUUGCGGAAAGUGGCUUGGUCUGCAGACGACAAGGUGCUUGCCUGUCCAAACAUGGGCAAGGGCAAGUCUUCGUUGGUGGCUCUGCUCAACAACCCAGAUGGAUCAAGCUGGAAUAGCUGGUGCAGUCUAAUGGCCACUGAUUUUCGAUGCAUCAUGACGGCAUUUUCUCCAGCCGUUUUCGCGAACCCUGCUAACAAAGACCCCUCCGACAUGAACCCGGCAACGGCCAAACAGUACUACAUUCUGGCCACUGCGUCGGCAGAGAGCACCGUCGCAAUUUGGAACACCGCUUCGAGCGCGCCGCUCAUUAUUGCAAACGAGGUCAGUCUCAGUGCGAUUCAGGAUAUGUGCUGGAGCGCAGACGGCCGUCUACUCUUCAUAUCGACAGCCGCAGGCGAGCUGUUGAUUGGUGUGUUUGGGGAGAGCGAGCUGGGAGCCGUAGUCAUUCCAGUGGACAAGAAGGAGCAGCUGGAACAGACUGUGGCUGAAAAGCUUCCGGGACAACUGGAGAGACGAGACACGUGGCUCAAGGAAAACGGAUCAGCCAAGGAGCCCGUUGCGGCCCCCGUCACCGACCCAAAGAAAACGACAAUCAAAAAAGAAUCUAACGGGCCCGCCGUUCCAGAGGUGUCCACGGUCCCGGUGGAUCUCAAGAAACGGCCUGCAUCGGCUGCCGAUUUCGAUGCGCCGUCAACGUCUGUUCCUAGGGAAUUCUCGCAAAAAGCAAACAAAAUCAUCAAGAAGGACGACAGCGCUCAGAACGGCAAGAAAAAGAGAGAGCUGGAACCGUUGGAUUUUAUUGGUUCUGUCGUCCUGAAUCCGCAGCUUUCCUUUAGUAAUGUGAGGAUUUCCAUCGCCAAAGUGCGGCUCAAUUUCUUCUACACCUUGCCUGAGGACGAGUCCUUGUAUUUGGAGGUGAAGAACGGCACAGGCUUUGAGUCUUCGCCAACCAGAAUAGCCUUAAUGAAGAAGCUAUCAGAAGAAAACAGAAAGCAGCUAUUUGUGGACUUUAUUCCGUCAAAGGUGCAUUUGGUGGCAGCCACUGAAAAGCAUUGGGCUGUAUCGACAACCAACGGACAGAUAAUAGUUUACGGCAGCUCGGGACGCCGAGUACUGCCUCCCUUGAUUUUGGGGUCGCCACUUUCAUUUAUGGAAAUGAAAAACCAGUAUCUGCUGGCCGUCACCAGCGUUGGAGAGAUGUAUGCUUGGGACUUGGACGUUCCCAAGGCUCUUUUUAGACCAACGUCUCUGUACCCGUUGCUGCAGCCGAUAUAUCGUGCCAAUCAGUACGAGACAGUCACGGAGGCCAACGGACUGGUGUUUGUGAACGGAGAUCUUCUCACACGGUCCGAAAACCUCACCAUGUGCUCGAUUUCGAGCACGGGAGUGCCUAUAGUCACUCUCAGCAACGGUAACGGGUAUCUAUACGACAAAAACAUGAGCUCGUGGUCUCUGAUCAGCGACUCAUGGUGGGCGUUUGGCUCACAGUAUUGGGACUUCACCCGGUCGCAGGUGGAGGACGAGUCCAUUGUUGGUGCUUUGGAAAGUCGCACGAAUGAAGAGCUUCUGCGCAGGGGCAAAGGCCGUCUCCUGAAUAAAAUAUCGAAAGUCAUGUUGAUGAAAGAGGGAUACGAGAACCUGGAGACGGUUAUUUCACUCAACCAUCUAGAGAACAAAAUAUUAGUGUACCAACAGCUACAGGAUUCAAAGAGUUUCAAAAGUUACUUGAUUCUGUACGUGAAAAGACUUUGCGAGCUCAACCUCAAAAAUCGCCUGAUCGAGCUGUUCCAGGAGCUCUAUUUUAGCAAAGAGGAGAAGAUAUGCGGUUUGGAUAGAGCAGAGCUUCUGAAAACGCUUAUACUCAGUUGCUCCAAAUACAGAGAGGUGCAGAGAAUACUGGUGGUGUACGGAGAGAACACCGGUCUUUUGGAAGAUGACAUACUGUAA